AUGCAGGUUAGUUAUUUAAUUCUUUAGGUGCCUUUAUACAUUGCCUCUUGGUAGCAAAAAGUAUCAAGACCAUUUUAAAAAAGCUAUUUUUGAAUAAUUUUAAAUCACUUUUUAAAAAUACUUUUUCAUAUUACAAUUGUCACCACAUAGAAUAGUAGGAUAUCAUGUUUUCAAAUUCUUUGGGGUUACAUGCAGAUUAUAUUCAUGCACGAUCUGCUCGAAAAUCUAUUAUGAAAACUUUUCCUGAUUUCCAGCAUAUUGAUCAAGUCCUAUUGUGUUGGAUUUCUUUAAUAUUAUAUUCAUGCAGAUUCUAUUCAUGAAGAUAUUUUCUUUACUUCUAUCUAUUGUGUUGGAUUUCUUUGUCAAACUUGAUAUUCCUUGAUAAUCGCAUUCUUACUUUCAGAAAUAUUUGUUUAUUUGUGGCAAACGUUCUUUUUUCAUCACAGAAAAAUGUUCAUAAUCAACCUUAGAUAACCCAUGCAAAGAUUCAUCAUUUCGAGGAGGCAUCGUCUUAGGCCAGAAUGACCUUCAUAACUUACUCAUAGUUAGCUUUUCUUCCCUAUGAGGAAUCUCUGGUUAUAUUUCGAUCUCUAUGAGGCAAAUUAUGUGAUCCACGGGUAUAUCUACGCCCAUCUACAAUAUCAUAAACAAGAAACAUAUUUCUUUUGUUUGUGCUAAUAGAUCCAUAGUUUUUCUUCAAUCUCUGCUUUUGUCUAUUCUCAUCUGACCUAGUUGUAGGCCUGCUUCAUAUGUGCUUUUUUUUUAACGUUUCUUAUGAAUUUUAUGUUGCCAACAUAGUCAAGAGGUUGAACUUGGCAUAUUUUACUCAUACCAUUGUUUGUCCAUAAUAAUCAUAUUGGAUACUGAGAAGAUUGGUGAGCAGGCUAAAGGUAUAAUGAUCAGUACAACAAGAGUAAGUCAUGAAUUCUGAAUUUGAAGGCAUGAUUGCAGAAUCAGUCUCACGUCAUAUUGUAGGAAAAAACUGUAACUGCUCCUUGUCGAUGAUAGAAACAAUCAAAGACAAGUGAUUGCCCCCCUACUCUGUUAAGAGAAAAAAAGGAAAGGUGGUGAUCUUUUUAUGCGUAGAUAUCUGUAUUUAUUCAAGCACUUGGAUGAUUUAUGUAGAUAUUCUAUUUUUUUAAUAAACUGAGGACAAUUGGGGUACACAUGAAGCCUGCCAAAUCUUUGACUGGUUACGCCUUUUGGAGUAUCAGUGAACUUUAAGAGUAUAACUGCUUAUUGGGCAUCUAGACUAAUUUUGAGUCUGAGGAUCCUUGUUCCCAAUCUGCAUUCUUUGUUGACGAUGGCAUAAUCAUGCAGGCAUCCAGAGCAAGGCUUUUUAAAGAAUACAAAGAAGUGCAGCGAGAGAAGGCAGCUGAUCCAGAUAUUCAAUUAAUUUGUGAUGAUUCUAAUAUAUUCAAGUGGACCGCUUUGAUCAAGGUGAGCAUACUUUCAUGGAGACUUUUUAUUGGAACCUUUUGUUUGGAUUAUUGUUUAAUCCUCCUAUUUGUGUUUAGGGGCCUUCGGAAACUCCUUAUGAAGGUGGUGUAUUUCAGUUGGCUUUUGCCAUUCCAGAGCAGUACCCUUUAUUGCCUCCUCAAGUGCGAUUUUUGACAAAAAUAUUUCAUCCAAAUGUACAUUUUAAGGUGGCUGUUUGAUCUUUUAAAAUUUCCGCUUGAGUGUCAGGACUUCAUACCUGCUGUUGCUCUAUGUUCCUUGUAAGGGAACACGGAAUAUUUUAGGCAUGAUAUCUGUGACAUAGAUCUCAAGCCAUUGACGAUUAUGUGUCAUUUAUGUGACUAGAGUUCUAAUUCAUUCUUUUUGGCUCUGCAGACAGGGGAGAUUUGCCUGGAUAUUUUGAAGAAUGCGUGGAGCCCUGCUUGGACACUCCAGUCUGUUUGCAGAGCUAUAAUUGCUUUGAUGGCACAUCCUGAACCUGACAGUCCUCUCAACUGUGAUUCAGGUAAGGAGAGAUUUUAUCUGAGUUUUGUAUGAGAUGAAUGCUUUUAAGAAUAAAAGUUACCAUUAUUGAUCAUGAGAAUAAGAUCACCUUUAUGUUAAUUGUCGGAGAUUCUCCUACCUUGAGCUAGGGCACAGCCACCGCAAGCAGGGGAGCCGUUAGAGCAUGAGGGAGUGAGAGAAAAAGAAAAAUACUUCAUUCAUUUUGAGUUAGGGUUCAUGACCCUUUUAAUACAUGAGUUCUGACUAUUGGAUCUAUGUCGGGUAUAAGUGGCUAGAUUCGAUACCAAUAAGUAAUUCGGCUUAUAAUGCCCAAUAUCACUUAUUCUAACACUCCCCUUUAAGUUGAGGAAUGAAUAUCUUUCAUCCCCAACUUGCCUAACAAUCUUCUCAUAGUAGGUCCAUGUAAUCAUUUGGUGAAGAUGUACUAGAUUGGCGAAAUGACGAUCCCAUUCUCUAUCUUCUCCUUGAUGAAAUGACGAUCCACUUUCACAUGCUUGGUCCGAUUGUGAUGUAUUAGAUUGUGAGCAAUAUCUAUAACUGACUUGUUGUCAUAGAAGAGUUUGGUGGGUGAAUCAUAUUGGAUCUUAAGGUCUUCCAAAAUCCCUUUAAUCCAUAAUACUUCACACACUCCUUAUGCUAGUGCUCAAAGUUCAGACUAUGCACUAGAUCUUGAAACCACUAGCUGCUUCUUGUUGUGCCACGUGAUUAAGUUUCCUCCUAAGAAUGAACAAUACCUUGAAGUAGAUCGUUUGUCUACAAUAGAACCUGCAUAGUCAACAUCAAUGAAUAUUUCCACAUUAGUAUGUCCAUGUGGUCGAAAUAAUAGGUUGUAACUUGGUGUACCCUUUAAAUAAAGAAGUACUCGUCUUGCUGCUGCAUUAUGUACUUCUCUAGGAUCAUGUAUAAAUUGACUCAAUCUUAUUGUGUAGGUAAUAUUUGGUCGAGUGUGAGAUAAAUAAAUCAGUUUACCAAUCAGCCUCUGAUAUCUUCCUCUAUCAACUGGUGGACUGUCUUCACCUUGAACCAAUUUCCCAUCAGGGUCAAUGGGAGUGGUUGCCAAUUUAUUGCCACUAGUUUCAGUUUGUUUAAGUAAAUUUAAAAUGUAUUUCAACUGAGAUAAGAAAAUACCACAUCUAGAAUCUGCAAUUUCUAUACCAAGAAAGUAUUUUAAAUUUUCUAGUCUUUUAAUUUUGAAGCAUGCAGAUAAUUUAUCAUUUAACAUUUCUAUUUUUAACAGAUCAUCUCCAGUAAGUAUCAUGUCAUCAACGUAAACUAAUAAAAUAGAAAUUUCAUUUCUAAAAUGUUUAAAGAAAAGAGUAUGAUCACCGUUACUUUGGCGGUAGUCCAUCUCAUGCAUAGUGGCUAAGAGCUUGCCAAACCAUGUUCUUGGGAAUUGUUUAGGUCCAUAUAAAGACUUCUUUAAUCUACACACAAAGUGCUGAUUUUUCUCUUCCCUAAAACCUAGAGGUAUAUCCAUAUAUAUCUCCUCAUUUUGAGACCCAUGUAGGAAAGCAUUCUUCACAUCUAAUUGGUGAAGUUGUCAUCUUUUCAUUGCUGCCGCAAAGAUUAAAAUCUUCAUAGUGUUUAAUUUUGCUAUUGGAGUGAAUGUCUCAUAAUUAAUCCCUAAUUUCUAGGUAUAUCUUUUUGCUACCAACCUAGCAAUGCAUGAGAGCUUAACUAGUUCUCAUGUGUUAUUUUUCAUCAAUGCAUUCAUUUCUGUUUCCAUAACCCUUUUUCAUUCUAUAUUAUUUAUAGCUUGAUUAAGUGUUGAUAGAAUGAGUAUGGAGCCUACCUUCGUAAGAAAUGAAGAGUGGGUUGUAGAUAACUGAUGCAAGGAGAAAUAAUUUUGCAUUGGAUAAGUAAUAUUCUUACUGAUGUUUUGAUGAACCAACAAGUUUACUAUAUUUUCUUGUGGUUCUCAUGGAUGAUCUAGCAUAAUCCCAUGAGUUAAAUCAUUUACUGAAGUAGUGUGUGUGAUUUGUUCACUUUUUCUUCUUGUAUAGGUUUGUCUAAAUCUUUUUUUUAUAUUUAAUUUUUGUGAAUUUGACUCCCCUUUAUCACAAAGAAGCAAAUAACUUUCUUGAGAUGUGGUCUUAUCACCCAUCCUCUCUAAAGAUGAAGGUUCUACGGCCUCAUUGGUUUUAUAAUAAUUUUCACCUUAAUUGAAGGUGACAUCUCGAGUGACAUAAAAUUUCUUAGUUUUAGGAUCAUAACAUUUAUAUCCUUUCUGAGUUAUUGAGUAGCCCAAGAAUACACACUUAAGUGCUCUCGAGUUUAAUUUCUUGGUAUGAUAUAAGUGUAAGUAUGCCACACAUCCGAAUACUUUGGGUGUGAGGUUGGUUAUGUGUUUUAACCCUGGAGUAUGGGACUCUAGGACCUCAAUAAGACUUUUUUUGUCCAAAAUCCUUGAUGACCAUCUAUUAAUUAUGUGAGUGGCCACAAGUAUUGCUCCCCCCCACAAGUAUUUUGAGACAUUCCCUUGGAUAAAAAGUGCUCUAGUUACUUUUAAUAAGUGCUGAUUUUUUCUCUUUGCAAUCUCAUUUUGUUGAGGAGUGUUUACACAAGAUGUCUCAUGAAUCACUCCAUUUGUAAGAAAGAAUUGAACUAAAUCCUUAUUGAUGUAGUCCUUUGCAUUAUCAAUUCUAAAACAUUUAAUGGUAUACUAAAUUGUCGUUUCACCAUUUGGAAGAAUGCUUUCAAUCUUUCAGUCACUUCAAAUUUGUGACUCAUCAACCAUACCCACGUCAUACGAGUACAAUCAUCAAUAAAGGUGAUAAAUCAACUACGACCAUUCAUGGUUGAGGUUGGUGCUGGCCCACACACAUCGCUAUGAAUCAAGUCAAAAGGUUUAAGAGAUCUUAAGUCAGAUGGAGAAUAAAUAGAUCAUUUAUGCUUGGCUAAUUGGCAUACCUCACAUAAUAAAUUAUUAUCAUCAAGUUCUUUACACAAUUGCAGGAAUAAAUGUUUAAUAGUCAAGAUAGAAGGAUGUCUUAGGCGAUGAUGGAUCAACAUAAGUGGUUCAAUCAACUUGUGGCUCCCCCUUGAUACUACCCUUGGUGCUGUCGCUGCCGUUUGUGCCAUUUGUGGAUGUCUUUUGUGUUCCGUUGAGGCCUCCUAUGUAAUAUCGACCUCCCCUUUCUUCAACAAGUCCAGUCUUUCAUCUUGUGUCCUUAUCAUAUAAGACACAACUAUUAGGAGUAAUUAGAAGGUCAUGAGUGAUAGAUUGUCUAAGCUUACUAAGGGAGAUUAGGUUUGCUGAUAAUAAAGGCACAUAAAGAAUAUGAUGUAUUUUUCUUAUUCUUGGAAGUUUUAUGGAACCUAUACCAACUACCAGUAUAAGUUUCUCAUAUGCAGUCAAUACUUGUCUACUUGUAAAACGUGGUUCAUAGGUAUGAAAAUAAUUUUUGAGUGGAGACAUAUUAUUUGUGGUCCAUGAGUAAAGGAUCCAUGUACCUUUAUCCCUUAGAUAUAUAUUUGUAUGAUUGGGAGAAUGGAAACUCAAUGAGAGGGAAGUGUAAGAGAUCAGAAAAUUACCCGAGGAGGUUGCUGAUGAUGUUAUGGUACUUGAGGUGAUGAGUUGCCACAACUUCUCAAUCUCCUCCUUGAGUCUAUCAAUUUCCCCAUCCUUGGAAUUUGCUGAUUGAAGGAUAGGUGUCAAGUUCAUCUCUCCCUUAGUGGAGCUUGUAGAGUCAAUUUCUUGCCAAUGUGUAGGGGAAGGGGAUACACUCAUGUACCCUUGUCCUACUCUUGGAGGCUUACCAUGCAAUUUCCAGCAAUUGUCACGAGUAUGUCUCCUUUUCGGCAGAAUGAGCACCAUAGUUUUGCCUUUGGGUCUGUCACUUGCUCUGGGUUUUGGUCUUGUUUUCUUUUGCUGAAAUGUGAAGAGCUUGUCUCGCUCUUCUUGUCCCAGCCAUGACUUGUGCUGGUUGAUGCUCCCGCUAUGUUCUUUGCUGUCAAUGAUGAGUUAUCAGCUUGUUGAUUUUCGUUCAAUAGUGUCAACUUAUUUUUUUCCCUAUUAAUAAUUCCCACGGCUUCCUUGAAAUCAGGAACUCUUUCCCUAUUCAACAAUUGACUAGCCAAUUGUACAAAAGAUGAAUUUAAGCCAGAUAAGAACCGAUACAAGUAAUCUUUCAAGAUGUAUGUUCAUUCAAUAGAAUCUGGAUUGGUGGUCGGUUUAGAAUGAUCGACUUCCAUCCAGAUGGUUUCUAGUUUGGCUGCAUACUCCAUCACCGUUCUAUUCUCUUGAGUAAGGUUUAUACCUUUGGUGGUUAAGUGUGAGAUUUCUCCCUCAUCAUUCCACUUCAUGUGCAUACGAUGAGCUUUCUCCCAUAUGUCUUUCACUGUCAAACUCCAAAGGAAGUGGUCGCUGAUAGAUGGUGCCAUGUUUUCUAGCAACCACGCUUUAAUGAUGGCAUCUGCCUCUCGCCAUAUAGUGUGUCAUGGAUCUGUUGGGCUAUAAGGGUUACCACUCUUGAGGUGGAUUAAUUUCCUCCAGCCAAGUAAAAUCAUUUCCACAUAUUCCUCCCAUUGUAAUAGGUUCAAUCCAUUGAACCUAUAUUUGUCAAAAAUUUUUGGGAGUUCAAACCACCUAGGGUACUCCUCUGAUACACUCAUUGGCAUUGGAGGUAGACUAGGGGCUUCUGCCAUGAGUUAGGGUUUGCGGUCUCAACCAAAAACAAGCUAACUUUCAAACCCAUGCUAAUAGAAAAAUAGAGUGUUUGUGGUCUCAAUGUAUGCAGACCUUCGAUGCAGUAAGCUCAGAUGACUUAAGAAGAGGUUUGUAACGUAUGCACCUGAUGCUCUAAUACCAUGUCGGAGAUUCUCCUACCUUGAGCUAGGGCACAACCGCCACGAGCAGGGGAGCCAUUAGAGCAUGAGGGAGUGAGAGAAAAAGAAAAAUACUUCAUUCAUUUUGAGUUAGGAUUUGUGACCCUUUUAAUACAUGAGUUCUGACUAUUGGAUCUAUGCCGGGUAUAAGUGACUAGAUCUGAUACCAAUAAGUAAUUGGGCUUAUCACGCCCAAUGUCACUUAUUCUAACAUUAAUUAAUUUCACUAAUGGUUUCAUUGUACAAACUAUAAUCGGAUCUGGAGUUUUAGCUGAUGUUUUGUACAUGAAUAUUGACCGAUUCAGUUUUGCAUAGACUUCAGCUGACUUCCUAUUUUUUGAUAAGAUUAAUGGAGUGACUAAUCGUAUCUCAAGUUUCUGUACCUAAGUAUUGACCGAUGCCUGGACUGCCAAGACCUUGUUUCUAGAUGAAAUUAGACGAGAUUGGGGAUAAUGAGGAGGAUUUUGCGAUUGAAACAAAUUGGGAUCAAGGAACUGCAAGUUUUCCCAUCUUCAUUUCAUUAAAUGUAUAUCUUCAAGUGAAUUAAGGUAUUGGGGAUUCUGUUUCUGGACGAAUUUUACGAGAUUGGGAUUAGUGAGGAAUAUUUUUGCAAAACACAUUGGAACCGAGAAGGAACUGUAAGUUAUCUUAUGUUCAUUUUAUUGAAUGUAUCGCUUCUUGUGAGUUAACGUUUUGAAUGUUUCUGCGUGAGUAAUAAUAAUCCAAGGAAAGGAGGGAUUGAAUAAAUUUGUCUGAUCGCAUGCUGGAAAACUAGUCAUCAUUAAGGAAAUGAAAAGGGAUGCUUACAUUAAAGUGGAUUGAGCUUUGAUUUUAUUUCUUGGAACUCGUAUGGGGCCAACGUGAUGUAUUGCUCUCUUUUUCCCCUUACUUUCACCUGGGUAUGCUCAUCAUUUGAAACCUGACGAAUUUCUUAGCAUUAAAGCCAUUUGAAUGGUGUUUUGGGUAGAUGAUUGGUGGGCUGUUCGUUUGGUGAACUUGUCAAAUCAAUGGAGUAAACUAGGAGGGUAUGAUCAUGUGACGAUGAACUAGCAGGGAGGGCUUAAUGGGUAAAUUAGAUGAAAGACAAGGUUCAUCCUAAAUAUUUAAUGUAUUUAAUAAAAUAGUCUUAUAGAAGAAAAUUCAUUACAAUAGUUUUAAUGCGAGCAGCAUAUUAAAGUUCGACAACAUCAAAUGCAUGAUUUUUGGUCGGAUAUUGGUAGCAACAUACGUCUCAGAUUAUCUCAGAAGAGGGCUUUAUCAUGCAUUUUUACCUGAAGAGGGCCUUAACAUUCGAUUCGAUUCGCACCAUGAUCAUGCAUCAGAACUAAUUGUCCUAUUACUAUACAUUUUUGUGGGGUGGUAAUUCUUUUAUCAUGCAGGCAAUCUUCUUCGUUCUGGUGAUCUCAGAGGAUACCGGUCCAUGGCGAGGAUGUAUACAAAACUCGCUGCCAUGCCUAAAAAGGGAUGA